AUGCAGUUCUUCAGCCUCAUCACCUUUGCAGCACUAGUAGCAGCAGUGCCUUUCACCAAGCGAGAUGAACCAACUGUCGUCGGCGGUGUUGACAAUGUCCUGACCACGGCAGAUCCCGCACUCGCACCAGUCCUCGCUGCAGUCACGCAACUCGAGACUGCCUUGGGUACGGCACUCCCACCAGUCCAAUCCAUCUUGGACCUGCUUGACUCUCUCAAAAUCGCCAAGCGCGACGACAACACCAUUGUCGGCGGUGUUGAGAAUGUCUUGACAACAGCGGACCCUGCAUUGGCGCCCGUCUUGGAAUCCGUUUCGAAUCUGGAAGAUGCACUAGGCACGGCACUGCCAACGGUCGGAUCAUUGCUUGACUUGCUUGCCGCGCUGAAAGUGGCAAAAUAG